UGCGUGUGGGUGUGCGCGGUCAGCUGACUACCCCCUCCACCACACCGAGCAGCUCCUCCAGAGCUAACAGCUAACAGCAGCCCGCCGAGGCUGAGCCGCCGGACCGGGAGGUUAUGAUUGUCAGACACGGAGCUCGGAGCACCGCGGCCUCAUGGCGUCCGACAUCCAGCCCCAGCCGCAGGCUCGGAAGCCCUGCCUGCUGAGCAAGAUCGAGGCUUUCCAGGAGGUGGUGAGCACGGCGGUGAUCAUCCCCAAAGAGGACGGAGUGAUCAGCGUGUCGGAGGACAGGACGAUCCGGGUCUGGCUGAAGAGAGACAGCGGUCAGUACUGGCCCAGCGUCUACCACACCAUGCCAUCGUCGUGUUCCUGUAUGUCUUUUAACCCAGAGACCAGGAGGCUUUCUGUGGGGAUGGACACUGGAACUAUCUGUGAGUUCGUCCUGGCAGAAGACUACAACAAGAUGACUCCAGCUCGAACCUACCAGGCCCACCAGAGCCGGGUGACCGUGGUGCUGUUUGUGUUGGAGAUGGAGUGGCUGCUGAGCACCAGCCAGGACAAGAACUUCACCUGGCACUGUUCAGAGAGCGGCCAGCAGCUGGGGACGUACCGCACCUCGGCCUGGGUCUCAGGACUACAGUUCGAUGUGGAGACCAGACACGCCUUCGUAGGCGACCAGUCUGGACAGGUGACCAUCCUGAAGCUGGAGCAGGACAGCUGCAGUCUGGUCACCACCUUCAAAGGACACACAGGUAACGUGACGGCGCUGUGCUGGGACCCGGUCCAGAGGGUUCUGUUCUCCGGCAGCUCAGACCACUCCAUCAUCAUGUGGGACAUCGGAGGACGUAAAGGCACCGCUAUCGAACUGCAAGGACACAAUGAUAAGGUCCAGGGUCUGUGUUACGCCUCUCACACCCGGCAGCUCAUCUCCUGCAGCGCAGACGGAGGCAUCGUCAUCUGGAACAUGGAUGUAACACGCCAAGAGGUGAGAGACAUGGAUGGAACACGCCAAGAGGUGAGAGACAUGGAUGGAACACGCCAAGAGGUGAGAGACAUGGAUGGAACACGCCAAGAGACCCCAGAAUGGCUGGACAGUGACUCCUGUCAGAAGUGUGAGCAGCCUUUCUUCUGGAACUUCAAGCAGAUGUGGGACAGUAAGAAGAUCGGCCUCCGACAGCACCACUGCAGGAAGUGCGGCCAGGCGGUUUGUGGUAAAUGCUCGUCCAAACGCUCCACCAUCCCCCUCAUGGGCUUCGAGUUCGAGGUGCGAGUGUGUGACAGCUGCUACGAGUCCAUCAGCGACGAGGACCGAGCGCCCACGGCCACCUUCCACGACAGCAAGCACAGCAUCGUCCACAUGCACUACGAGCCCACCGCCGGCAACCUGCUGACCUCUGGCACCGACAAGGUUAUCAAGCUCUGGGACAUGACUCCUGUGGUGUCCUGAGGUCAAAGCAGCCGGCAGUCAGCAGGAGAAUCUGUUCAAACUGCAGCAGAGGAAGAGUGAAGGAUCAGCGACAGCAUCGAUGUCAUCUGGAUAAUAUUUAACAGUUAUUCUACACCAGGCUGUUGCACGUUCAGUGAGCAGUGCAGGCCGGUGAAGAAUGAGGCCUGGGUUGGAACGAGGUACCAGAGUCGGUGUUUGCUGAUGCUUGGUGGAUCUCUGUGGAUCUCUGUGUGUCUUUACUGUGGAAGCAGGGAAGGAGUUUGACUCUGAAAGUAAUUCACACACCUCAUUUGCUUAAUUUUCAUGCAUUCCUUACCAAUUUUAUAUUGAAAACCCAUAAAACAGUCACUAAAACUUUUCUGCACUGAGUAACGUCAAAUCUGAGCUUUUUAGACGUGAAGCAGCUCAUUAACCUGGACCUGAAAUCAGAUGUUUGUGCUCAGCAGACUUCAGAUUCUCCAUAUGAAGGAGAUGUUUGAUCACUGACAGAUUGGAUUCACAUCAUCAGCAGGAGUAAAAAGUAAAAACUGACACUUGAGCCAUCUGCAAAUGGUUUUAGCUGCUUUUCACAUCCUGUGUGUUGCUGUCUUUGUGUUAUAUCACAUUUAAAUUAAAACUCUACCACAUGUUUGCUAAAAUCCCAGUCUGACCUCCAGCUGAUCUGUAACUGAAAUACACUUCAGCUUGUGACUGCAAAACAAUGAAUUUUGAAGAUUCUGUAAUAGUGUUUCUUGAUAUGUGUAUUUUAACACAUAGAAAACAUAAAACAUGAAACAUUUUUAGCCAUGUGACCCUCAGACAGAGCCAAAGUUUUGCCUGAUAAAACAUGAAUAUUUCCAUUUAAAACAGUCAGCGUCACACUCAGCCUCAUUUUCUUUUGCUUUCUUUUCCGUAUUUAUCCCACAAAUAUAUUUUAUUUUAUUUUCUGCAUUUAUUUUUUAAGCUUUUGCAUUUUGUGCUUUAUUUUUGUCCUUUUUUACAUUUUUAUUUGACUCUUUUCCAGGUAAAUGCUUAUUUUUUUCCCCUCUUUGGGCAGAUUUAAGGCAGUUAAGUCUCUCCUUUACUAGCUGUUGACACAGGGUGGCAGAGAGCGGCUCAUUAAAGCUCGAACCACUUUAAUAUUCUACAGGAUUUAAAUGUAAAACCUGUAAAACUAACACACCCAACAGCCACAGUUGGGGAAAAAAAGGACAAGUGGAGUUGUCUCUUGCAGGUGGCUCUUGUGUCAACACUAGAAAAUGUUUCCAUCUGGCCUGCAGGUGGCGCUCAUGAUCGCUAAUCCAGGUUCAGGUGCUUCACAUCAUGCUCUGAAGAAAUCAGCUGCUUUCUAAGAAUCGUCCAGUCUGACCGUCUGAGAACUUUAACCAGGUGACUCUGAGGAAGCUGCUCAUGAAGCUCCCUGGAUGUCACCUCAUUUAGUGUCUUCACUCUAGUUCCACCUCCAUCAAGCACCAGAGGGAAGAACUGGCCUUCUGAGACGAGGCAGGGAACUAAAUUUAGACAAGAGGGUUGUGGAAGGAAAAAAAAAACCAGAGUGUAGUUCAUUUAAUUUGAAGGUCAGGUGUGGCUGCUCUUCUGGAAGCUGCAGAUGUUGAUGCACAGAAAACUGAGGAUCAUUCAGACCUACUUAGUUUGGUCCUGUAGGUGUUAAAGUUUUCACAGAUACAGAAAUAUGUCAGGCUGGAAUCUGGAGAAAUCAAUGCAGAGGACAUCUAAAAACUGCAGCUUUGGUUUGACGUUUGACUCAGUGCAGCAUAAAGCUCUGGAACAAGCAAAUGAACAACAUUUAUUUAACAGUGUUCUAAUUAUUUCUCCAUUUAAGCACGAAAUGAAACAUUUAAGAUGACGGUUUUGCAAACUCUUGUCAUAUUUUUGUUUAACUUCGCCUGUCAUGUCCUGUAAUCAGUAACCAAUCAGACGGCUUCUGAUCUUUAAUGUAUGUUUUAUCAUUUUAUUUAUUAUUAUUCUGUACGUGUGGUUGAAAUGUUUUUGACAUGUAAAAGCACAUAUCAUGAAGCUAAUCAGUGGCAGCACAGACUGAAACUAAUGAUUUGAUUUGUUCUCCUUGUUAUUUACUGUACGCUGACGUCGAUGCACUGGAAUCAAGAAGCAGAAAUAGCUCAUAAAUUGCUGCUGUGAAGAGAAUUUCAGACUUUUUAUGAUCACGUUUGUGCUUUAAUGAUCGGAUGAAUACGUUUAAUGCUCAAACAGUUCAAACCCCACAGAGGAUUAUCCAAAGAUGGUUGAUUUUUUGAUUGAAAAUAAGAUUGCACUGCGGAUUUUCACCAACAACAGAGAAAUAAAAACUUGUAGGCUGUUUUCUAAAAGGUUUGUCUGUACUUUCAGUUACCAUGAAGGUUCAGCACCUGUUAAAUGAUUGUGAGUCUGGAGGUACUAAGAUCCUGAAGGUCCAUACUGAGGUUUUUACUACAAAUCAUUUUGUUUUUCAUGACUAGUUUCAACUGCAUGAGAAGCCAAUUUAUUGUCACUCUGUGCUGAAAUGAUGUAAGACGGCUGCCUGGAAUAAAAAAAAAUCCCAAAGAACUGAAACACAGCAGCGUAAGAUCAUAUCCAUGUGAUUUAAAUGAGCUAAAUGUAAAAACCCACAGGAGAUAGAAAGAUGUCAGAUGAACAGCACUAAAUCCAUCUGUGGCCAGUAGUCUGUUUUCUGUUGCAGGGAUUGUUGUGUUUCAGUGUCAGUUCAUGUAACUGCGUGUAUAAAUGACCGAUUAAAAGAGGAGAUGUUCUCCAGUCAGAAUCGUG